UGUAUAAUUUUCCAGAACUAGUCUCUCUCUUUCCAUCCUAUUCCAUGGCAGCGACGGUUUCUCUCUGUUUCUCCUUUGAACCCCAACCUCAUCACCACCACUUAUGUUCCACCACCCCCUUCAAACCACACCAAACCCCAUUUCUAACCCCUAAACCCUCUCACCCUCUUCCCUUCUUCCCCAAAUCAAACCGUUACAAUCUCAGUCUCUUGUUCUCCAACUCCCACUCCCACUCCCACUCUCCUUCUCCUUCUUCAACCUCCUCAUCACCCACCCUCCAAGACCCAUUUCGCACUGGUCGAUUCCUCACCAAUGACGACCUCCACAAGCUCCAAUACCUCGAGGAUUUCACUUAUUACCAAGAUUUGAAAUCUGGGUCGAUGUGGGUUCGCGUAAUGAAAUCCCACGAAUUGGACAUGGUGGUUGCUCUGUUGUCCGAAUCGUUUGCAGAGUCUAUGCUUUUACCUUCUGCUUAUGUCACUGUUUUGGGUUUCUUGGUGAAGCAGUAUUUGAUUGAGAGGAGGACUCUAAUGCCUUACACUGCCACUCUCAUUGGCUUCUACAGAGAAGAUGAAGAUGAGAAUUUGCAAUUGGGAGGGACUGUGGAGGUUUCUUUUGAUAGAAGGGGUGCUAAUGCUUCUCCUCCUACACCCACUCCUCCAAUGGAUUCACCAUAUAUUUGUAAUAUGACUGUCAAGAAGCCACUAAGGAGGAGAGGCAUUGGUUGGCAUCUUUUGAAGGCAAGUGAGGAACUAAUUUCUCAGAUGAGUGCUUCAAGGGAAGUUUAUUUGCACUGCAGAAUGAUUGAUACAGCUCCAUUAAACAUGUAUGCAAAAGCAGGUUAUAGUAUUGUUAAAACUGAUAGCAUCUUGAUCCUGUUGAUGUUGCAAAGACGUAAGCACUUGAUGUGCAAGGAGCUUCAAGUCUUUGACAGCCCUUCAGACUUCUCCAAUUCUAAUGAAGAAUUUUCUUAACGAGCAGAUAUGCAAAAAUCAGAACCUACUUAGCUAAGGUACAGGGAAUUGCCACUAAACCUUUCUACCUCUGCCAAAGAAGCUUUUCAUUACGUCCGUAAUUGUUUUUACUUUUUGCUUGCUCUCCCCUUACAUCUUCCAAAUACACAUGUGAAUUACUGUUGUACAUUCUCCAAGUUAAGAAUAUAUAUCAUCUUUUCUAUAGUUUUCUA